CUCGGGUGUCUGUGUUGUUGCUGUUCAUUGGGCUGUUCCCUGUUGUGGCCGACCCUCGCGCUCUCCAAGAGAACCAAAAACUCGUUGGAAAAGCUGUUGUCUCACGAGAAUUACAAACUUUACCACAAAUUGGGUCUUAAUUGGCGUUUAGCUAAACAAAGAUGUCAUACAAACCACUCAUUCAUGGAGUACGUGCUGGUCAUCGAGUUCUUACCGAAACUGCAAUUAUAUCAACCGGACUGACAGUCAGACCUCAGAGGAAAGUAGUGGUGAAUCUCAUGGCAGCACAACUCCUGACAACACAGACAUCGAUGACGACCGAAAUAUAAUUAAUAUAUAUUUAGUAGAAAGUUAUUGAAUUAUAUUUAUUUUGUGACAACAUUUGUCAAAUCAUUCGCUAAACACAUUUCAAUCAUCACUGAAACCAAAUAAUGAAUUCAUUUUUCAUCUUUUUAUCUCUUUAUCUAAACCAAUGAAUAAAACAUUUUUCUGUAUAUAUUAUAUUCAUAUUUAAUUCUAUAAUAAAUUCUUAAAUUUCACCAACC